UGGUGCAGUGCCUUGUAUUUGGAUGAGGUGAAAUUGAACUCUGUUGUGGAUAUACACUCAACUGAAAAACAUGUAUUCUGUUCAUGCUUUCUGAUAUAAUCAAUGGAAUUAACUAAUAUGGAUCACAUAUCAGCGACUGCACGAGUUUUAUAAUAGCGUCUCUUUGUAUUAUUAUUAUUAUUAGUAUUAUUAUUCAGCUCUGACAGACAUCUCAUCAAUCUCAGCAUCAUGAGAAACUUUGCUCAUCCCGCCGCUUUGGCUUAUUGCAUGACGACGCUCGGUGCAGGCAUGAUGAACAGCAUUUUCAGUUUCUACUAUGUGAAGCUGUUCUUGAAUAAGUACAGGAUAUCAGAGGCGGCUUUCCACCUGUCACAGGUGGUCUAUAUGAUCUGGAAUGCUCUGAAUGAUCCUCUGUUUGGAUAUUUGCAAGACAACUCUCGGAUGGAGUGCUGCUCCCGGCGCAGGCUCUCUAUCUUAUACGGAGCCCCUCUGUACUGCCUGUCCUUCCUGCUUGCCUGGUUCCCCUGGAGGACGUACGAGACCGAAGACUGGCUGAGCGGCGUCCACCUCAUGGUGACCCUCUGUGCUUUCGACGGCAUGCUCACAUUCGUGCUGCUGGCCCAGUGCGCUCUGUUCGCAGAGAUCUCUGGAAACCACCACAACCGGCUAAGGCUCAUCAAGUACAGCCAGUUGGCGUCUCUGGUGGGAUCCUCCAGUGUGCUGUUCUGCGGCCUCCUCUCAAAAAACAUGGAGGAUUUCGCAUCCUUCCAGGCCUUCAGCGUGCUGGUGGCUGUAGUGGCAUGCGUCUGCAUGCUGUACACGGGCCUCCACAGUGAGAGCCGUUUCGACAGCAAGAGCUCGGCCGAUGACGCGCAGAGUCCGCCACUCUCACUGGCAUCUGUGCUGUCCAUGACCUGGCAGAUCCUGACCAACAGAGACUUCCAGGUCUUUGUCUUCAUGAACUUCUUCCAGGUCUUCAUGGUGGCGUUCUGCAACAACUUCACCAUGAUCUUUGCAGAGCAACUCAUUCCUCAGGACGUCCUGCCGUCACUUGCCAAGAGCAUCAUGUAUGGAGCCGGAUUCAUCUGUCCGCAGAUAUUGGUGUUGUGCAGUCAGGAUCUCCUGCGUAAGUUCGGCUACUUCAGACUGAUCCUGAUCUCCUUCUGUGUGGAGGCCGGAGCCGCGCUCAUCAUGCUACUGCUCGGCCCACACAACUACUACUUCCUCGCAUUGUUCCUCACUUCCAACAUGGUGCUGGUUCAGGCCGCCUUCAGUCUCUUCAAUUUGCCUCUGGCAGACAUCAUUGACUCCGACCUACAGAAAUACAAACGCAGCUCUCCUCUCUCCUCAAUGGUUUUCGGGACCAAUGCUCUCUUCACGAAGCCGGCUCAAUCUCUGGCUCCAAUGCUGGUGGUGUCCGUCCUCAACCAGUACGGAUAUGCAGAGAUAAAGGAUGCGGGGAAGAAUGUAGAUUCAGCUGCUCUGCGCAGCUGUAUGUUUCUGCUUGUGUGUGUGGUGCCGCUGUGUGUGGCGCUGCUGCAGGUGUUGGUCUGGAGGCUCUUCUCUAUACGAGACAGUCACACACUGGACGCCAAGUACACCGAUGGAUGAUUGCAGAUGUUUAUUUCGUGUGUGUGUGUGUGUGUGUGCUUCUGUAAAGGUACAUUUUGAUUGUCAGAAUGUACUGCAGUGAGAGGGUGUUUCUAGAUAAAAAAUGAUUCAGGGAUUUCUCAUU